GUGACAUUUUUAGCUUGCAGGGCUUUAGUUUGCGGUUGUUACGUUUACGUGUUUGUGGUGACCGCGUGACGUCUGAUUGAAUGCAACAAUCAGCUGCACAUUAAUUUAAUUUAACGUCACAAAAAUGUUAAAAUAAAGCCUCGCGCGGUAUCACUGUCUAAUCACUGACAAUACGAGGCUAAGUUUCACGAGCUAACACCGUUAUUAUUGUUAGCCUGGGAGACAUUUAGCCAGCGCAACGUUAACUGUAAUUAAUGCCCCAUUUCGACAACAUUUUCUGGGCUUCCAGAAUAUUAAGUGUUUAAUUGCACAUGUGAGGUUUCUUAUAGUCUCUAUUCGUGUUGUUUUCAAAUGUGGCGCACCAGCUAGCUAUAGCUUACUUCUGUUUUGGUUUUGGAAGAGCUGCAUGGGUGCUAAUUUAGCAGAGGUUUAUAGCAUGUUGCGUUUGCCUGUUGCGACCCGCAGUCUCUUUCCGGCAGCUUUUAGCAAAGGAGGCACGGCUGUAACUCACAAUGUUCGCCCUGCAUCUACUGCAACAGCAGCAGCAGCCAGUAACCUCCUGGAGGUGUUUGUGGAUGGGAAGCCUGUUAUGGUGGAGCCAGGAACAACUGUGUUGCAGGCAUGUGAGAAGGCAGGCAUGCAGAUUCCCCGCUUCUGCUACCAUGAGCGCUUGUCAGUUGCUGGAAACUGCCGCAUGUGUCUUGUGGAGAUAGAAAAAGUUCCUAAGCCGGUGGCAGCUUGUGCUAUGCCUGUCAUGAAAGGCUGGAACAUUUUAACCGAUUCUGACAAGACACGGAGGGCCAGAGAGGGGGUGAUGGAGUUCCUACUGGCUAACCACCCAUUAGAUUGUCCUAUUUGCGAUCAAGGAGGUGAAUGUGACCUACAGGAUCAGUCCAUGCAGUUUGGCAGCGACAGAAGCCGUUUCACAGAGGGCAAAAGAGCCGUGGAAGAUAAAAACAUUGGCCCCCUCAUCAAAACCAUUAUGACUCGCUGCAUUCAGUGCACUCGUUGUGUGCGCUUUGCCAGUGAGAUUGCAGGCGUGGAAGAGCUGGGCACCACUGGCAGAGGCAACGAUCUGCAGAUUGGGACUUACGUGGAGAAGAUGUUCAUGUCGGAAUUAUCUGGGAAUAUUAUUGAUAUAUGCCCAGUGGGAGCCCUGACCUCUAAACCGUAUGCUUUCACUGCCCGCCCAUGGGAGACCAGGAAGACUGAAUCGAUUGACGUACUUGAUGCUGUGGGUAGUAACAUCGUGGUGAGCACUCGCGGCGGUGAGGUGAUGAGGAUUCUGCCUCGCCUUCAUGAAGAUAUUAACGAGGAAUGGAUAUCAGACAAAACCAGGUUUGCUUAUGAUGGGCUUAAGAGACAGAGGCUUACUCAGCCAAUGGUGAAAAAUGAGUCUGGGCAGUUGGUUCCCACAUCCUGGGAAGAUGCGCUGACUCGAGUUGCUGGAGCAUUGCAAGGAGUUGAAGGAAAGGACAUUGCUGCUGUUGCUGGAGGUUUGGUCGAUGCGGAGGCUCUCAUUUCCCUGAAAGACUUGCUGAACCAUUUGAAUAGUGACAACCUGUGCACUGAGGAGACGUUCCCCAUGGCUGGAGCAGGAUCUGACCUGCGUUCAAACUAUCUUCUGAACACUGGAAUUGCUGGGAUUGAAGAAGCUGACCUGCUACUUUUAGUUGGCACUAACCCACGGUACGAGGCUCCUUUGUUUAAUGCACGGGUCAGAAAAGGCUGGCUGCACAAUGAGUUACAUGUGGCUCUGGUGGGAAAGGAGGUGGACCUUAGUUACACAUAUGAACAUCUUGGUGAAUCGGCCAAGAUCCUCGAAGAAAUUGCUUCAGGAACUCACCCAUUCUUCCAGGUCUUGGCCAAAGCAAAGCAUCCUGCUGUUGUAGUUGGCAGCAGUUGCCUGCAGAGAGAGGAUGGGGCUGCGAUAAUGGCUGCUGUGUCAACCAUUGCCCAAAAUGCUCGCGUCAGCAGUGGAGUGGAGGAAACCUGGAAGGUUCUCAAUGUGCUUCACAGGGUUGCCAGUCAAGUAGCUGCACUUGAUCUGGGGUACAAGCCAGGAGUGGAUGCUAUCAGGAAGAACCCACCCAAAGUUCUGUUCCUACUUGGAGCUGAUGCUGGCUCCAUCACUCGCCCAAAUCUCCCUAAACAAUGCUUGAUAAUUUAUCAAGGUCACCAUGGCGAUGUCAGUGCACCAAUGGCUGAUAUCAUCCUUCCCGGAGCUGCAUACACUGAGAAAUGUGGCACGUAUGUGAACACUGAAGGUCGUGCCCAGCAGACCAAGGUGGCAGUGACUCCUCCAGGCGCAGCCAGAGAGGACUGGAAGAUCAUCAGAGCCGUAUCUGAGCUCGCUGGAGUGACUCUGCCGUAUGACACUCUGGAUGAAGUGCGUGAUAGGCUGGCAGAGGUUUCCCCAAAUCUCGUGCGAUAUGAUGACGUAGAGGAGGCCAACUAUUUUAAGCAGGCUAAUGAGCUAUCUAAGGCAGUGAACCAGGCUCUCCUUAUUGAACCUUUAGUUCCUCCACAGCUUACUGUGAAGGACUUUUAUAUGACAGAUCCAAUCAGCAGAGCCUCCCAAACCAUGGCGAAGUGUGUGAAAGCCGUCACAGAGGGGGCACAAGCUGUGGAUGAACCAGCCAUAUGCUAAAGCACAAAUGGAUAGCCAUCCAGUUCCUAAACAUACGCACAACUCCUUUAUUUGCACAUUCCUAGAAACGUAUUUGCACUUGUUUUGACAUAGAUAUUCUACUAUAGAGUAAGUUUCAUAAUGUGAGUAAACAUACCUGCAGAAAUGUGUCUUAAGUGAUGUAGGCUGAGUGAAAAUGUCAUCUUAGAUCUGCCAAGUAUUCAGAGAUGCACACCUCACAGUUUUUUCCCUUUAUCAGUGCUCCUCACAUUUUUGUAGGCGUGACCAAAGAUUAAAAAUCUUUAUCUUUGUCUUUCUGUAAAACCGAGAAUAUAUUUUCCUAGAAGUAUUUAAAAUAAAUAGUAUUUAAAAAGUGUAGCUCUUUGUAAAUGUGAUAUAUAUUAAUAAACCAAUCACCUUUAGCAAGUCUAACCCUCCA